AUGGCGGCCUUCGGCCUCCUCCUCCUCCUCAGCGCCGCCGCGGCGGCCUCGGGGCAGGUCGAGCAGGUGCUACAGGAGAGCCUGGACCUGGGGCCCACCAACAUCGGGCAAGUGCUGCAGCAGGAGGAGGCCCCCGUGGUGCUCCCCAACAUCCUGUUAGGGGGGGGCACCACGUCUCGGGCCGUCUCGGGCCGCCCCCCGACCUGGGGCAGCGCCCUGGACGGGUUCCCCCCGGCCUGGCCCGUGGCCUCCGCCGUGACCCGGCACUGCCGCGACCCCCCCACGGUGCCCCCGCCCCCGGUGUUGCCCCCCAACGCCUUCUCCCACCUGCACCGUCAGGCGGCCGCGCUGGCCGCGCUGCGGCCCCGCAUGAGCGACUGCUGCCGGUACCACGCGCCGCUGCCCUGCGCCCGCCGCGCCUGGACGGACGUGCUGGACGGGUUCUGCACCGAUGAGUUCGCGGUGAAGACGCGGCAGUUCCACUGCUGCCGCCGGCAAGGGGCCGCGCGGCGCCGCUGCUUCGCCCAGGAGACCCCGGCCCCCACCUGGGACCCCAACACCUCCUGGGAGCCCAACACCGCCUGGGACCUGGUCACCGAGCCCCCCUUCCCGCCCGGGGAGCCCACGGCCGCCAACUUGGGCAACAUCUGCGGGCUGCGGGAGCUGCGCCCCGGCCCCCCCGGGCCCGACGCCCCCUCCGGGCCCCGCAUCGAGCUGCGGGUCCGCCUGGAGCGAGAGUACGGGCGGUGCUGCCGCAACGAGAGCCUGAGCUGCGCCCACAGCGCCUGGCUGAAGGGGAUGAAUCGGUUCUGCCGGGAGGAGUCGGCGGUGAAGACGAGGCAGCACUGGUGCUGCCAGCGCAAGGGUCUCCGGGCCCGGGGCCGCUGCUUCGCCGCCGCCGCCCCCAUCCCCGCCUACGACCGGGAGCUGCACAACGUGAGCCUGGUCCGGCCCGGCCCCGCCCUGCUGCGCUCGCUCUGCGGCCCCACCCGCCUCUUCACGCAGAGGCGGCCCGUGCCGGAGCUUUUUGGGGCCAUGACGGCCGCGUGUUGCCCCCUCGCCCCCGAGGAGCGCGGGGUCUGCGCCCGGGAGCAGCUGUCCCAGGCCAUCGCCACGCUCUGUGCCACCCCCGAGGACGCCUGGCGGGACCCCCAGGGCUGCUGCUCGUGGGAGGAGCCCGAGCGGCGCCGCUGCUUCGACAACGCCUACCUGGACCAGGUGACCCUGGGAGCCGCCGUGGCCCCCCCACCCCCCGGCCACGACGAGUGAACCCCCCC